UAGUGUUCCUGCAGAAUCUCCGUUAGGCCUUGUGUCAGUGCUUUAGGAAUUUUGAAAAUUUUGAAAAGUCCAACCGAGCGACAUGAGGAUCACACAUCACCCAGGUCGUGCGAUCGACGCUAGUCUUUCGCUGGAACAACGAAGCGCGAUGGGAGCGUUGUACGAAGCGAACUGGAACAAAGUACAAUCGAGCAUGAACUCCCUCAUCGAAAGUCACCACGAGGCGGGUUCUUACGAGGCACCCAUCCAGCCUCCAUCCAGUCGGGACACCUACCGGGUGUCGCACGUGGCUGGUUCUUCCGAGGACGACGAAGGACUCCCAGACGAAGAGGAAGAAGAAGAUGAAGGUCGGGACACGUUUCAGGAGAGCAGUGGUGUUUUGAAGGCCCUCAACGGAUACCGACCAGCUACGAUUAGGCGCGCUCGUCAGCGUCAGUUCCCAGAAUGGGACGAACUGAAGGACUCGAAGGAGCUGUACUCGGAUGAGUCAAUCACCGGCACAAAGUAUCACACCGUCCGUGGGCGUAUGUUCGAGAACACGCACAAACCACGACCAGCUCUGCGAGGUUCUAGCAUGGCCGAGUUUGACGCUUCCCAGUACUCUAACCUGCGACACUCGCCAGCUCAAGACCGAGCUCCACCAGUGCCGGUACGAAAUGCAACUCUUAAGCGCUCGAACACUGUGGCGGCUCAAAGCCCUACCGGAACCGAACAACGAACGCUCGAUCGACGGGAAAUGUUCCUAAACCCACAACAGGCACCUCGAAAGGAACGUGUCCGUCAGCAGAAGCCAAUGGACGAGUACUCCGAUCAUCAGCUGCGACCUCCACCUUCGAUGACCGAUCUGAUCGGAAGUGUCGAUCGACUCGACACAGGUUCCUCGCGACGUGCUCCUGUCCCAGACUACCGCCGUGGAAGUGAUGACAGUGAGAGUAACCUCUCGAUCGGUGAUCGCAUGACGUCGUACCGAUCGGACAACGAUCUCUGUUCGCAGAUCUACCGCGAGGGUAGUCGGAAUGGGUCACUGGCGAGUAUCCCGCGGGCGACGGCCACACUUUCGCGGAACCGCACGAUCAAGGGCCGUCCAAUCUUGGAGGACAUUCCGGCUGAUCUGCUGCCCCGACUCGAACCAGAGAAACCGAAACGCGCUGGCAAGAAAGUGGGCUUUGGGAAGAUGCUGUACAACACGAUCUCGGCCGGGACGAAAUUCCCGCGAGCGUUGCUUAAAUCGCACUUCGGAAAUGGCCCACCAGAGGGCGAUGGGUCGGAGUAUGAGAGCGUUAGUGGAUACCGGGAUUCGCCGAUGUCCUCUCCAGCGCAAUUCUCAUCAUCAUCGCCGUCAUCUUCAUCACCUUCGUCCUCGAAGUCGUCCUCGUUCCGGAAGUUGUUUGGUGGUGGCAGUCGAAGCACAAGCAGCAGUAGCAGCAGCAACAGCAGCAAUGUCUCUCGACACCAGCAGCAGCAGCAGUUCAGUGUAGACCCAACGGAAACGUACGUCACUUCUACGCGAUUUGGACCGACAGGUGGCCGGUUUCCUUCGCUGGUUCCGGUGCAUACGUACGCACGGAAACGCCGCACGGGCAAUCUGAUCGCGACCGAGCCCAUCUACGGCAAUGUGGAGGAGAUCUACGCCAAUCCCGAUGAGGGUCGCGUUGAGGUGUCGCGCGAAGGCAAGUACCUGUCGACGCUGUCCGGCGCCAAGGUCCUGGGCGAGCUGGCCAUCCUGUAUCACUGCCAGCGAACGGCCACCAUCACCGCCGCCACCGACUGCAAGCUGUGGGCGAUCGAGCGGCAAUGCUUCCAGACGAUCAUGAUGCGAACCGGCCUGAUACGCCAGGCCGAGUACUCCGAUUUCCUCAAGAGCGUGCCGAUUUUCAAAAACCUCCCGGAGGAUACACUGUGCAAGAUAUCCGACGUGCUAGAGGAGUGCUACUACCAGAAAGGUGACUACAUCAUCCGCCAGGGAGCACGCGGAGACACGUUCUUCAUCAUCUCGAAGGGCCAGGUACGCGUGACGAUACGCCAACCGGAUACGCAGGAGGAGAAGUUCAUCCGCACGCUCGGAAAGGGCGACUUCUUCGGCGAGAAGGCUCUGCAAGGUGAUGAUCUACGUACGGCCAACAUCAUCUGCGACUCGCCGGAGGGCGUCACCUGUCUGGUGAUCGAUCGGGACACGUUCAACCAGCUGAUCUCGAACCUGGACGAAAUCCGAAACCGCUACAACGAUGAGGGUGUCAGCGAGCGGAAGAAGAUUUACGAGGAGUUCCGGGAAGUGAAGUUGUCCGAUUUGCGCGUGAUCUCCACGCUCGGUGUGGGUGGAUUCGGACGCGUGGAGCUGGUCCAGCUUGCCCAGGAUAAGUCGCGAUCGUUCGCGCUGAAGCAGAUGAAGAAGGCACAAAUUGUGGAGACACGCCAGCAGCAACACAUCAUGUCGGAGAAGGAGAUCAUGAGCGAGGCGAACUGUGACUUCAUCGUGAAGCUGUACAAAACGUUCAAGGAUCGCAAGUACCUGUACAUGCUGAUGGAGAGCUGCCUCGGGGGUGAGCUGUGGACGAUCUUGCGCGAUCGUGGUCACUUCGACGAUGGUACCACGCGUUUCUACACGGCGUGCGUGGUUGAAGCGUUCGAUUAUCUGCACUCGCGCAACAUCAUCUAUCGUGAUCUGAAGCCCGAGAAUCUGCUGCUGGAUGUGUCCGGGUACGUGAAGCUCGUUGACUUCGGGUUCGCAAAGAAGCUGCAAUCAGGACGCAAAACCUGGACGUUCUGCGGCACACCGGAGUACGUUGCGCCGGAAGUUAUUCUCAACCGAGGCCAUGACAUCAGUGCGGACUACUGGUCGCUUGGAGUGCUCAUGUUCGAGCUGCUGACUGGUACACCGCCGUUCACCGGAGCCGAUCCCAUGCGGACGUACAACAUCAUCCUGAAGGGCAUCGAUGCGAUCGAGUUCCCGCGCAACAUCACCCGCAAUGCCAGCGCGCUGAUCAAGAAGCUGUGCCGGGACAAUCCAACCGAACGUCUCGGUUAUCAGCGGGGUGGCAUUAGUGAAAUACAAAAGCACAAGUGGUUCGAUGGCUUCUAUUGGGAAGGCCUGCGGAAUCGUUCGCUCCCGCCGCCGAUCCUGCCGAAGGUGCAGAGCGUGGUCGAUACGGCCAACUUCGAUGACUACCCGGCCGAUCCCGACGGUCCUCCGCCGGACGAUCUGUCCGGAUGGGAUGACGAUUUCUAAGCACGGCGUCUUUCGUGCUUUAAGCUCUUUCCUGCUUCAUGUCAUGUCCUAGUUUCCUCCUUUCGCCAACCCGACGAAUACCGGCCGCGGCUCCGGAUGUUUGCGUUCAUUAUCUGCACGGGGUUAGAAUGGUUCACGUUUGACUGCGGUGUGCGAUUUAAUGUGAGAAUGUUCGUGGAUGGUGCCGUGGCGUGUGCCGGCCGGAGCGGUUAUUUUCUCUUCUUUCAAUCAUGUUUCUUCGACCGUAAUUGUUGUAGCGUUUUUUAUGUUUUGCUUUUAAUUUUAUCAUUUUAUUCAUCAUACGAGAGAUAAUAAGAAAAAGUUGCGGCAGGAGGCAUGUGUUAGAGUUAUUUUUAGCGGAAGGAUGCGCAGGAUAAAGAGCAUUCGCGUGAAGGCAAUAGAAAGUGCAAUUAGUAUAUACUGGAAACGGAGCUUAACAGUUGAUUCAAACGAUAAACGGAAAGAUCGUCUCCGAGCAUAGCAUUGAUUUCUUCGUUUAUGGAAGCCUGUUUAAAAUUUUCCGCUUCCAUCGCUUGCGAUGAAAACAAGCGAUCAAACUAGCUAACAUGUGUUUGCUUUUAAAUGCUAACUAUUUUACCCCGCGCAGUGCAUCAUGCAACAAAAUUGGAAACCGCCAACUUACGGAGAGGAGUAGUGCCGUCUGUUUUCCCCCAGUUUUAGAUUUGUUUCUCUCGGAUAAAUAGUUAUGCAUUGUUCAAUUCGUGCAAUCGAGAUUCUGUAACAUAUACAUUAAACAAAUCUGUACAUAGUGCGUGUUGAGAGUUGUGCAGCAGUGAGAUGAGAGAUAAAAAGAAAUUCAAUCGAUUCGCUCUGUAGUGUUUGCGAAUGUUGCCCGUAUGGUAGGUAGUAUAAAUGUUUUUAAAUUGAGGAUGUGAAGCAAAAAAGAACAUUGCAACUAGUUUCCUUUCAGCAGCUGAUUAGAAAUCAGGUUAGUUAUUAGAGUCGUCCAAAUAGAGAUACAAUA